AUACAAAUGAAGAUCAUACUUUUAUUGGUCGCACUAUUUUGCAUGGCAAUGGCAACCAGCGUUGAUGUAUGUGUGAGCAAAGGAAGAGCUGGGUGCAUGGCAUUUUGCAAGCAUGGCGCUGCAGGUAGCACCAAGAAGAUAAUGAAAGGAUUCUGCGUACGGCGUCGAAAGUGCGAAAACUCGGGAAGAAAGAGAAGAUGUAGGAGGUCUCCAGUCUGCUAUUGCAGAUUUCCCCCAUAUAAAAUAGACAAAUAAAAUGGUUGUUGUUUUUUUUUCGGAAAAUUUUAAUAAAGUAAACAAUGCUUGUUAAAGUAAUCCUAUAUCUACCGAAAAUCAUUCUCUUUUCUUCUCUUGAUUGUACAA